GCUUCACAUAUCUGUCGAAUCUUUUCCCUUGUUUUUUCACCGUGGUCUUAACGUUAGUCUUGCGACCAACGAGCCACUUUACUUUCAUUUUACUCGGGAACCGUUGAUUGAGGAGUAUUCCAUUGCCGCAAAACUUUGGCAGUUUGAAUUCAAUGAUCUCUCUGAGAUUGCACGGAACAGCGUUACACAGAGCGGAUUCCCUCCCGCAUGGAAGGAAAAUGCCCUGGGGAAGUUGUACUAUUUGAACUCGGCUCUCGGUAAUGAUGUGCGAAAGAGCCGCGUCUCGGAUAUCCGUGUCGCGUAUCGAUAUGAGGCAUAUCAAUCGGAGCUUAACUUUCUUUCCGGGCAGCUUUCUGGGGGAAGGCAAAUGCCGCGGGCGAUGCGUCUGCUGGAGGAGGAAAUUGCCAUUUACGAGGAGGUCAUGCGGACCAAAGUGGUGAUGCCAGCCGCAGGAGACGAGGACGACGGAAGGGAGGAGAUCCGCAGUCCAGCGGCACGUGCAGUGCGGAUAAAGGCGGAGUUGGAUGCGUUGGAACGCGACAUGCAGCGGAUGAAGGUUCUUGCCAUGCAAAUGGGGAGCGAAAACCGGGGCAUCGUGGAGGCCUUUCACCGCAUCCGUGCGAGGCUAAAAACCGAGGGACUCACAGUGAUGGGAAAUCUCAAUGACUGCUUUGAACCACCGGACACAAAUGGCGCUGCAUCUGAAACCAUCGAUCGGGUCUCGGAGAAUUUCGUUAAGGAGGCCGCCUAA